AAAGCGACCAAGAGGUGUAUCAGUCUAUCGAGGAAGAUCAGACAGAUACUUUUGACAGGUCAGAGAUCGAAGAUGUGGUCAUCGACUAUCCAGAAGAAAACGAAAUGCAGAAUUCAGAAGAGGCACCUGUUAGUGAGCUAGACGGGGUCAACCUCUGGCGGUUCACUGUCCCCCCAAGACAGCACAAAGACGGGCCACGGCACAGCUGCCUCCUUUGUGGGAGAGCCUUCACCCGAAAAUCAAGCCUGAAUAGACACCUCAUUAUUCAUACCGGAGAGAAGCCCUACAAAUGUGCUCACUGCGGGAAAAGCUUCAAUCGAAAGACCAACCUGCUCUCCCACGAGAUGGUCCACGCCAGAGACAAGUCGUAUCAAUGUUCGGACUGUGGGAAAAACUUCAAGCCGAAGUGGGGCGUCAACGCCUACCAGAUAGACCACACCGGAGAGAAGGUGUACAAGUGUAUUUCUUGUAAGAAGAGCUUCAGGCAAAGAUUAGAAUUGGGGCGGUUGUUCAACGGGCAGAAGAAGGAGAUCACCGCAGGGCAGUUGAAAGGGGAGUGGAAAGAUGGGGUCUUUGGCCCUCUAGAAGACCACGAGAAACAGGUGGAAGGCGAGAUGGCCGAAGAAAAAAAUGUAGCCCUGAUCAAUCCGUACAACGACCUCGAUAAAAUGAACAGCUCGCCGGCGUUGUAUAAGGGAAGGCAGGGGAGCCCCUGCCCGAUUUGUGGGAAGGUCUUUGCCACGCAAUCGAGUGUGAACCGACACAAGAGAAUCCACACGGGAGAGAAGCCGUAUCAGUGCUCCGACUGCGGGAGAAGCUUCAACCAGAAGACGACUCUUCUAACCCACAUUGUGAUCCACACCGAGCAAAAGCCGUAUCAGUGCUCGGAGUGUGGGAAGCACUUCCGGCAUUCCUCGGGCCUGUUGGUGCACCAGAGGAUGCACACGGGAGAGAAGCCUUACAAGUGUGCCAUCUGCCGGAAGAACUUCACCCAGCGGGCACACGUGGUCAAGCACUUUGUGAGAAAGCAUGCACGAGAGAAGCCAUCGGCUUACCUUUCUCAGUCCCCGCAGUAAUGGCGGCCGCUGUAAUAGGAUGGGCCCUCUUUCGCCCUCGAGUCCGGAAAUCGGCUUCUCCUCAGGAGCUCCCCUCCUUGGUGUCCGCACAACUUUGAUUCCUUGUAGUUCACGGCACUGAGCACUUAAAACCACCAGGAAUGCGCGACCCGCAGCCUCAGGUCACAAGGGGGGUGGGUUGCCAUUUUUCAGAAGAAACGCUCAAAUUAAGAUCUGAAAUAGACUUGACUGUGCUUUAAAACAGCUUCUCCUGAAACUCGGUUUGUGGGGGGGUGGGGGACUUUGUUUGGGCCACUAAAAUACACUGAAGACAAAGAUGAAACUGUCAGCUGCCUUGGCAAAAUUGCUGAGCCAAGCGAAACAACGGCGGAUUUGAAGAUUCCCAAAGACAGUGAAAGAACGUCUCAAUUGUGUGGGCAGUCCUCGUUUACUGGCUGCUUCAUUCAGCGACCAGUUAAAAGUCACGUCAGUGCUGAAAAGCUAACUUUACAACUAAUGCCUGCCCUUAACGACCUCCAUAGAGUUCCUCGGUUACGUGAUCGGUCUUUACAGUCAGUAUACUUUGUCCUGGGCCUGACCUGUUCUUUUUCCUUUUUUCCUCCCUCUUUUUUCUUGCAGAUUGGAGAGAUUGAAGAAGAUGACAAGAGAGUAAGCGAGCACAUGACGGAGAAUAUACAUUAAAAGCAAUGUAGUGGCAAUAGCAGCGGGUGUAUUCUCCAUUAUGUACCUGCUUACUCUCUUGUAAUCCCUUCCUCUUCAAACUCCGCUGUGUAAACAGGGCGGGGAGAAAACAGGUCAGGCAUAGGAGAGCUUGCCUACAGAAAACCCUCUUUCCUGCCCCCUGGGAUCGGAGAAAUGAGGAAAUUACAAGAGAGUAAGCAGAGCACCCAAUGGGGAAUACUUCGGGCUGCUUACUUAGCCGGAACCAAGGCAUUGAUUUCAAUGUAUGUUCCCUAUUGUGUGCUCGCUUACCCUCUUCCAAUCCCUUUCUCUCCAAUAAAUGUAAAUAUACAUGUUAAUUCCCUUUUUUUUUUCUUAUUAUCCCAGUGCCAGGCUUAGCAUUCCAGAGGAUUGGGAAAAUAGAGAAAAGGGAAGCCCUGUGACAAGUCAUGUGAUUUCUCACUUAGUGACUGCUUCGCUUAACAGCUGCUGGGCUAAACGCAGACUACCGGUGUUCCAGAAUACGGUAGCCGUAUCCAAGAAUUGGCAAGUUUUUGAGUGACUGGCAGUGACCGCAAUGUAUAACCGGUUGUAGGUAACCCUGGCGUUCUUUGGCAUUGUAGCUCUUUCCAAUGAAACGCUCAGUUUUUAAGUUACUCCUAGGCCUCCAUAGUGUAUGUUGUGGAGCGGAAAAUGAUGAAAGCACGUGUGGCAUUGUGGCAUAAGCUCCACCCCUUCAGUAUAUGUGCCAGGAUAUACACACGUAAGAAAGGGACAGGGCUUGCUCAGCAAUGCUACAACACUGCUUUCAUCGUGUUCAUCCGGGUUCGCGUAUGAACACUUUUUAAUACUUUUUUAAACAUUGGAAUUCCCGUGAGAAUUUCAAACACUCACAUCGUGCUGCUGGUGCCAUUUUAACAGGCCUAUAAUGUCAGAUUGCAAACUCUUUCCCAGGUGCUGUGCUGGCGGUGUUGCUUUAAACCUUGGCAACAUGAAGAGGUGGGUAUUUCAGCAAGAGGAAAUCUUCCCUCUGAAAUAUCACCUAGACAUUUUUAUUCUUUAGUAUUGACCAAUUUGGCUGCUCUUAAGUAGGAACUCAAUGACUUUUUUAACUCGGCUGUUUUCUUAAUCCAGCCACCCAAUAUGUAUAGCAAACGUCCCUUUGGAAAGAACUGAAUCUGUUCAGUUUCCUUCAUUAUCACUAACCUGAUGCUUGUUUUCACGCUCUGCAUUUCUGCUUUCCUGCUGAGAAAAUAUUCUCAGGCGUUUAGUUUCUCUUUGGUUCUCUGUGGCAAGUAAGUGAUGGGCACAAUCUUUGUCGAUGGAGAGGGAAGGUAGAAAUUUGUUACUCUUCGCAGAAGCUGAUUAGAAUAAUAAACCUAAUGAGAACA